AAUUAGUCCAAACCAUAAUUAAGCUCCGCUCCUUCCUUUGACUCCUUUUCUACAUCCUUCUCCGAUCCUUCACGAACUGCCGUCGCGGACGACGAAGCCGGAGCCACUGCUCAUCCGCUGCUUCGAGUAAAAUGAAGAAAACCUUGGGCAUUGGGAUAAAAUCGGCCUAAGAUUCUGAUCCAACUGGUUUAAAUACAAGUGAUUUUUGGCAAUGGCGACAGCUACAUAUCCACCACCGCCACCCUUUUAUCGUCUCUACAAAGAUUACUUAGAAAACCCUAAUUCAGCUCCGGCACCUCCACCUCCCAUUGAAGGGACUUAUGUUUGUUAUGGUGGCAACUACACUACUGAUGAUGUGCUUCCAAGCUUGGAAGAGCAGGGAGUGCGUCAGCUUUAUCCGAAAGGACCAAAUGUCGAUUUUAAGAAAGAACUGAGGUCGCUGAACAGAGAAUUGCAGUUGCACAUACUGGAGCUUGCUGAUGUCCUUGUUGAGAGACCAUCUCAAUAUGCUAGGAGAGUGGAAGAUAUAUCCCUUAUAUUCAAGAACUUGCAUCAUCUUCUCAAUUCAUUACGACCGCAUCAGGCUAGAGCAACAUUGAUACACAUAUUAGAACUUCAGAUACAACGCCGUAAACAAGCGGUCGAGGAUAUUAAGAGGCGGAGAGAAGAAGCGCAGAGACUUCUCAAGGAAUCCCUGGGAACCUUAGAUGGACAGUAGUGUAACUGAAUCAUAUAUUUCUGUUGAAAACGCUGUAGCUAUACACAUGCCAAUUUGCAAGAAACUUCUAUUGCCCCCCGGCCUGUGGAUUCCGAGAUGUGUUGCUGUUACAAUCUGCAAUUCUGGGGCUCCAUAUACUUUAUGUAUGGGGAGUUCUUCUUUGAAGAAUGUUAGCGUUUGUCAAACUAUUGAUAUUUCAUUAGGCUUUGUUCGGUCGAUGUAAGCUAGCUGCAAAUGUUUGGAACAUCCAUUAAUUGCUGUAGUACUUCGAUUUCUAACCGCUGUAGCCCACAUUGUUUCCCUUUUAGUGUGAGAAAAAUGGAAGGCCUAACUGGCUAUGUCCACAUGUGUUAGGCUGCUGAGAACCAUUAGGGUAAGGAAUUUGAUAUCCCAGACAACAUAAU